GAGCCCGCGGAGCCCGCGGAGCCCGCGGAGCCCGCGGAGCCCGCGGAGCCGCCCGCCGCGCCGGCUGAGCCGGAGCCGACGACGCUGACCAUCCGCGUGACGGGCAUCGAUGGAGAAGGCUGCACGGUGACCUGCGAGGAUACGCUGCUGGGCCGCGAGCUGCGCAAGCGCGUGAGCGCCAUGCUGCCGCCCAAGCCGGGCGGGGCGGUGCAGCUGCAGUUUGGGCCACAGCCCUUGGAGAUGGAGACGACCUUGAAAAAUCAAGGAUUUUCGCAGGAGACCAACUUGUCCUAUGUGUAUGUCCCUGUGAGCAUGCUCGACGCCUGGCGCUUCUUCCGCUGCGACAUCGACGAGGAGGAAGACGCCACCCCUGAGGUCCUACGAAAAGCCCUGCGAUCCUUGCAGGUGGCCUCCGAGGGCGCCCAGCGGGUGGUCUCCAGCGGCCUGGGCUGCCGCCGGAAGCAGCUGCCGGCGAACGUGCGGCAGCUGGUGCUGGGGAACGAGGUCACGAAGGAGUUGGAAGAGAGUUGGACUUUGCCCAACAACUUAGAAGCCCUGAAGAUGGGCAUUGCCUUUGGUGGAGGUCUUCCACAGAACUUCCAAUGGCCACCACGGCUCCUGCACCUGACGCUGGGCAUGGGACACUUCGAUCUGCACCGGGCGCCGCUCCCGGAGACGUUGCAGACCUUGACGCUGGGGGCACGCUUCGACGCGCCUUUGCGGCCGAACGCGCUGCCAGGUUCAUUGAAAAGCAUCACCUUUGGCGCCGACUUUGAUCAGCCCUUAGAUGGAGUCAUCUUGCCCAGCGGUUUGGAGACCUUGACCUUUGGUGUUUCCUUCAACCAGAGCUUGGUGCAGGUGAAGCUGCCGAUUGCUCUUCGGGUCCUCCACUUUGGGGAUGAGUACAACCAGAGGUUGGACGACGUGAUGUGGCCGCCGUGCAUGGAAGCCUUGAGCUUGGGCGCCCGAUUCUACUGGGAUUUGGAUGGCGUUCUGCCGCCAAGCCUGCGGCGCCUGGUGGUGAAUGAGCACUACAACGAGGCGGUGGCGCUGAAAAGCAUCUCAGGUUUGAGCCUGGAGAGCUUGACCUUCAUGCGUUCCAGCCAAGUUCUAGGGGCCGUGCCCACGGCCAACUUGCUUGGCAUCAUCCUAGGACACAUGUGGCCCAAGAACCUCAAAAGCCUCACGUUUGGCCCUGAGAUCAGCAGGGACUUGCAGGACACGCAGCUGCCAGAAACGCUGGAGCAUCUGACCUUGGGCCAAUCCUUUGAUGAGAGCUUAGAGGGUGUGGACUGGCCCAAGAAGCUGAAGAGCUUGAGGUUUGGGCACAAGUUCAACCAGAGCCUCCUGGAGACGACCUUACCAGAGGAGCUUCAGGAGCUGUCGUUUGGGCAUUGCUUUAACCAGAGUUUGGAGGGUGUGACGCUUCCGGAGACUUUACUGAGAUUGAGCUUCGGGUACAACUUCAAUCAGCCCUUGGAGGAGGUGAACUUCCCCAAAGAGUUACAGCACUUGAGCUUUGGCCAUGAGUUUAAUCAAACUCUUCAAGGUGUGAGGCUCCCAGAUGGUCUGCUGAGCUUGACCUUGGGGUACAAGUUCAAUCUCCCCUUUCGCGGGGUGAAGAUGCCCGAGAACCUGCAGAGCCUGACCUUCAGCUAUGACUUUGAUCAAGAGUUGACAGGCGACAACACCCUGCCCGAGAGCCUCCGGAGCUUGGUGUUCGGCUACAGCUUCAACCGCCGCUUGGAGUUCGUGACCUUCCCACCGAGAUUGGAGGUCCUGAGCUUCGGUAGUAGCUUUGACCGGAGCUUGGACAAGGUUCAGCUUCCAGGAGAGCUGAAGAUGUUGGUUUUGGGCUGCGGAUUCCACCAAAGCUUGAAAGAGGUGUCGUUUCCGCCGCGCUUGGAGACGCUGAUCUGCGAGAACCCGGAGGUCCUGCGAGACGCGUGCCUCUCCGAACACCUGCAACACCUGAGCUCGGGCGGACUGGUGGUGCAAGGAGUCUUGAGCUGAGGCGG